CUCUAUUACAGUAUUUUAUAUGAUUUUAAAGUUUGACUAUUUAGUUCUAGAAUUCAAAAUUGAAAAUUGAUAUAGGUGUAAAUAGCUAAUUAAGGUGCAGCAUGUUCAAUGCCUCUUCCACUUUAACCCACAGUCAAAGAUGCAUGGAAGCGUUUUACCAUUAAAAAAAUAGGAAGGCGAUUGCCGUUUGGUAUAACGUCUCAAUUAUAAAUGAUUCACCAAGAACUGAAGAUCAUAGAGAAAAGAUAUCAAGCAAAGAUCACGCUGUUGAGGAUUUUAAAGUUUAGAGUGAGGUUGACAAGAGAAGCACGGAGAUACCAAAGCCGUUGGAUCAACAUGCAAAGAAAUUCCGAACCAGAGGUUGAUAUGGAAGCUAAGGAAGAAAGGAUUCCAGAUUUAUAUCCAUGUUAUCGUGACUCUGAAAAACUAGAGUUUGGAUGCAAACAUUACAAGCGGAACUGCAAACUUGUUGCUUCCUGUUGCAACAAAUCAUACACUUGCAGGCACUGCCAUGAUGAGGCCACUGAUCACGUAAUGGAUAGAAAAGCCACAACCAUGAUGAUUUGCAUGAAAUGCUUGAUAAUCCAACCCAUUGGUCCAACAUGCUCAACCGUUUCAUGUAACAGUUUAUCUAUGGCUAGAUACUACUGCUCAAUCUGCAAACUUUUUGAUGAUGAGAGGCAAAUCUACCACUGUCCUCACUGUGACCUCUGCAGAAUCGGGGAAGGCCUAGGGAUUGACUUUUUCCAUUGCAUGAAUUGCAAUGCAUGCAUGUCAAAGUCUCUUUCGAAGCAUAUUUGUAGGGAGAAGUGUCUUGAAGUCGAUUGUCCAAUAUGCCAUGAAUACAUCUUCACAUCAAGCACUCCUCUUAGAGCCCUAUCCUGUGGUCAUAUAAUGCAUUCUUCUUGUUUUGAUGCAUACACGUCUUCUAACUAUACGUGUCCGAUAUGCUGCAAGUCGUUGGGGGAUAUGCAGGUAUACUUUGGGAUGAUAGAUGCAAUGUUGGCAGAAGAGACAAUUCCGGAAGAAUAUGUUGGCCAGACUCAGGACAUUUUAUGCAAUGAUUUUGUGGUUCCUACAACACCCGCCUUGUCUGAGUUGGAUAUAAUACAUUUAUGCGACUAAGAGACUGCAUGGAUAUGUCUGAGUUGCCGCUGAAAGUCGGAUCAAGAUUAGAAUUAUGCCACAAUGCUUAUUUACUUGAAAGUGUGUAUUGUAUUGUCAGACUUAAAUAAAACUAGUAUCAAACUAAAGCACUAAGUUGAUUCUUCAUUCACCUGGACCAUUUUGUGUAUAAAUUUGUAUUGAAUGGUA